UGUUUAAAGAAAGAAGCAAAAAUCAACCCUGAUGACCCAGUAUACAAAAGUUGUUUCGAAACGUGUAAAAAUAUUUUGACAAAUGAUCCAAUCCUACAAUACCCCGAUUUCAAUAGCUAGCCAAUUUGCAAUAGGUGCCGUACUUAGUCAGUUCAAAAAUGGUGCUGACCUUCCAAUUGCUUAUGCAAGCCGAACUUUGAACGACACUGAGACCAGAUAUUCAACUAUAGAAAGAGAACUUCUAGCUAUUGUAUGGGCUACCAAACACUUUCGACCGUAUUUAUACGGACGGAAAUUCAACAUUUUCACCGAUCAUAAACCCCUUCAAUGGCUCUUCUCAAUCAAAGAACCUAAUUCAAAAAUGCUUCGUUGGAGACUUAAAUUGGAAGAGUAUGACUACGACAUACAAUACAAAAAGGGUAGUAAAAAUCAGAACGCCGAUGCUCUUUCCAGAAUUCAUCUAAACAACAAUAAUACCACGACACAAGAGACACCCGGAAUUUUAAGUGAUAUUGAUGCCAUUGUAAACGAAGCCAUCGAGGGCUUAAUGACUAUAGGACCCAACAAUGAAACAACGCAACCUGUGAUAACUGAUGUACGAGUUAACCAGAAUCCACUCGAAGGAUUGGAUGACAUACCUCCUAAUGGCGAAAGUCCUCUAUUUGAAGGAUUCGACGAAGACAAUCUAUUCGCAGGAUUCAACAUCGAGAAUCAAUCUGUAUUAGUCAAUAUCGACCAGAAUGAGAAUCGCUUAAUGGACCUAGGAGAAGUACAGCAAGAAGAAGAAGACGACCAGACAGUCCACACAAAUACCGGAGAUAAUACGACAGCAGGAGUACAGAUAUUAGAUGAACCAGUUAAUUAUGGAAAACACCAAGUGAUACUCAGCCUUGUCAAGUACAACUCCCAAAACGUGAAAGUGAAAAAAACUAUUCGACCAAACCAGACUUAUAGUGCAAAUAUCAGAGAAUAAUUUCGAAAAAGAUAUCGUAGAAUUCAUAAAAACGUACACCGCACCAAACAUCAAGUAUUCAUUAUUCUUUGAAAACGAUUUCUUCGAAAGAUUUACAGUUGUUAUCAACACGCAUUUCAAACGCCCUGACUUGAUAUUAGUAAAAUGUUCGAAAAAACUGUUAGAUGUAACAAUGAAGAAGACAUGAGAGUUAUUAUGUUGAACUAUUACGAAGGAAAAACGAAUCAUAGAGGAAUUCAGGAAACCUACGAUCGGAUAAAACAAAAAUACUAUUGGCCAUCAAUGAGAACUAGUAUACAAAAUUUGAUAAAUCAAUGUGAAAUCUGUUUGAAAACGAAAUAUGAAAGAACGCCCUUGAACCUUGAGUUAAAUCCAACUCCAACAGCAACGAGACCUUUACAGAUAUUACAUAUGGACAGCAUCACAUUCGAUAAACAAAAAUUUCUUACUAUUAUUGAUAGCUUUUCCAGAUACGCUCAAGCAUACCAGUUAAGAAGUGGUCAAGGCAUAGAAGUUGUUAAUAAACUGAUAAAAUACUUUUCACAUCACGGAACACCAGAAACAAUAGUGUCAGGCAAUGGAACAGAGUUCAAUAACACUUUAGUAAGAGAGUUGCUACAGAUGCACAAAAUUAAGAUUCACUUCAUUAGUACUCAACACCCUCGUUCAAACGGUAUGGCUGAAAGAUUACAUUCAACACUAAUCGAACACAUUCGAAUUCUAAACAAUCGCAACGAAUUUUCAAAGGAAUCAAUUGAAAACAAAGUGAGCUACGCUAUUAUUGCAUACAAUAAUAGUAUCCAUUCUGUUACCAAACUCACACCCUUCGAAAUUCUAUACGGACACGUCAACCAAAACACUCCUCUCGAUAUCAACAUAGAGACACAAGUAAUGAAUGAUUACAUAAGUAGUCAUAAAAGUAGAACAGAAAAAUUGUACGACCACAUACAGGAUAUAAACCGAAUUAGAAAAGAACAUAUCAUCAACGAAAGGAACAAAGAUCGAGAGGAACUACCAGAAAUUCCAAAAGACGUUUACGUGAGAAAUGUGCAAAAACAGAGUAAAACAAAAAAUAAAUUCAAAAAAGAAACUCUCUUAACAGUGAAUCGAGAACUUAAAACUGCCAAAAUAAAUCCCCGACAUCAUAACACAAGAGAAAAAACUCAUCUAUUCAAAAUAAAACGACCUAGAAAGUUAAAGAAAAUGAAUAAAAAUCAAACUAAUGAAAGAACUGAACAAGUAACAACCGAUC